AUGGACAGCUAUCGAACGCCGCGCCGAUGGAAGUCGACCACUAAUUACGUAAGCGAAUACUAUUUAGAGGGGAACUCCGGUACUGUGUCCGCUACACGUGAUUACUUUGGAUCGAUGCCGAUGGUUAUGAUAGCUGAUCCACAAUUGAUUAAAGAUAUUAUGAUAAAAGACUUUCAUUUGUUUGCCGAUAGACACGACUCGAUCACUGGCGACAAACUAAUGGAUAGAUCGCUGUUUAAUCUAAUGGGAAAUGAAUGGAAAAAUAUGCGAUCAAUUAUUAAAAAAUUGAUGUCCAGUCUGACUAUGGAUGUGAUAGCUUCGUGCGCUUUCGGGACGAAAAUCGAUACCUAUGAGGAAGAAAAACAUGAAAACGAAUUUCUAAUAAUUACCGAAAAAGCUAUCAAUCAAUCGUUUCGUUCGUUUAUUUUCUACUUUACGUUUACAUUGUUUCCCAAAUUGAUUCAGUGGACUGGUUUUACUUUACAUCACCCGAGUGUCGAUAGAUUUUUUAGGACAGCUAUUCGAUCGAUAAUUAAUCGCCGAAAGACUGAUAAUAUUCAAUACAAAGACUAUUUGCAACUGAUUUUGAACGCACAGAACAAAUCGCUUGAAAUUACCGCCGAUGACAAUGAUUUCGGCGAUAAUGAUGAUGACAAUACAGAUAAGAUUUAUGGAUCAAUUGGCAACAACAAACACAACACUAUAGGCGACAAGUCUGCCGCCGCCGCCGCCAACAACAAACAGUUGAUUGCUAUUACCGAAGACGAUAUACUGGCCACUAGUCUGCUGUUUAUUGUUGCCGGCUAUGAAACUACUGCAUCGUUGCUGACAUUAAUGGCCUAUUGUUUGGCAAUGAAUGACAACUGUCAGCAAAAACUUUACGAAGAAAUCAGUGGUCAAUCAUCGUCUAAUUGUUCAACCGAUGGCAACUAUACCUAUGAUUUUGUUGUAAACAUGCCAUACCUGGAGGCAUGUAUUGCCGAAACAUUACGCGAUACCGGCAUAACUAUACCGAAAAAUACUAUUAUCAGCGCAAACAUCCAAUACAUACAUCACAAUCCCGAUUAUUAUCCCGAACCGGAUCGUUGGAAUCCCGAACGAUUUAUGCCCGACAAUCGCCAUCAGUUAGUUCCCUAUACUUAUAUGCCGUUUGGUUUGGGACCCAGAAAUUGUGUUGGUAUGCGGUUUGCCCUAAUGGAGGCCAAGACAGCCAUUGUCUAUCUGGUCAAUCGGUAUCGAUUUUACCGGACAGACAAAACACCCGCUAAACUAAAACCAUUGAAAAUGCAAUCGUUGUUCAAUUGUGGAGAAAUUAUCAUAGGAAUCAAACAUAGAUAA